AUAAAGCGCUCUGUGCAGCAAACAAGCUGUUACUGUCCUUCACCAACAGCACGAGCGCAGAAGCCAUGAGCCACCUCGGACUGUUUGCCGUAGCAGCGGUAGUUCUCCUUUCGGUAGCCGUUCACAGUGAUGCAGCAAGUGUGGUGAAUCACCAUCAGUGGUCCAGCAGCUUCAGAGGCACCUCUGGCAUCACUGAUGGAUCAAAGACAGUGGUGAAGCGGCAGGCAAGCAGCAUUGGGACAGACGGUGGAAUGAUUGGUGGUGGUGCUGAGUCAGCCAAAGGUGGAAUUGACGCCUUCAAGACCGCCGUGCAGACGCCCAUUGAGAUGGCCAAGACGGGCGCCGCAGGUGGCAUCCAGGCUGCUGAGAAAGUUCAGGGCUGAUGCCUGCUGGAGAGCAGAAAACAUUCUACUGCAUACCUGUCAUCUCUCCAAUCCACACUGAUGACACCAGAAACAACAUUCCAGGACUUCAGGAGCAUCAUUGCACCUUUCAGUGGAGCCUUAUUUUUUUAUUUCUGACAUGAAAUAACUCCUUCAAGGCAGAGUAAAAGUUUUAAUUUUCUAUUUCACUUUGCAUUUUAUAACUGACAAGGAAAAAAUACGAGAUAAAGUUAAAAAGAAGUUCAUCAUGUGGUCGUUAUGCUAUAAAACAGCAGGAAGACAAAUAAAACAUUGUGACAGAAUGAUAA